GAAGCCGACGCCCAGGGAAAUGCUGGGAGGUGGAGGCGGUGUCCUGUGCUGAGACCCCAGGGCUGGAGGAAGAUGAGAAAAAUGAGUCCUAGAGCGGUUUCAUGAUUCGCACACUGCCAGUAAGUGCUGGAUCUGGGAUACUGGAGCCUGUUAUGCUCUAACGCCUCCUGUUCUGACUGAAUUGACGGGAUUUCCCAGAAGCACCUUCUCUGGGCCCUCCCACUUCCCGAGAGGAAGGCACAGGAGAGGAAGGAAUGGUGGCUGGUGCCCUCCGAGCGGGGCCACGUAGAUACAUGCCCUUCAGCAAUGUGACGGCCGCUUUCACCCACAAAGAGUGGGGGCACUCAGUCCCUGCUCCAAGGCACAGGUUCCAGGAGGAGACACCAGACAAGUCCAGGAACUUGGUCCUACUGGUUUCCCAGCCUGGCAUGAACUCCCAGUUAAAACAAAGGAAAAGCCCGUGGGUGCUGCAGGGGGAAGGCCUACGGAGCACCUGUCCAGACUGGAAGACGGUGUCUGAAUCACUGCCUGAGCCAAAUGUUUAUGAAGAAUCAUCCCAGGACACAAGGGCAGAGCUGCCCCCGGGGGUGUCUGACCUUAGGACCUGUGAACCGGGGAAGAGCUUCAGCCUGAGACCAGCCCUUUCCCCACAGCAGAGAGUUCCCAUAGAAGUGAGACCCCGUAAACUUGAAACACACACAGAGCGCUUCAGGAAGAACUUAGACGUAAUCAGAUCUCACAAAGCAAAACCGUACACAUGUGACGAAUGCGGCAAGGCCUUCAGUUACUGUUCUUCCCUCUCGCAGCACCAGAAGAGCCACACUGGGGAGAAGCCGUACGAAUGCAGUGAGUGUGGGAAGGCCUUCAGCCAGAGCUCCUCUCUCAUCCAGCACCAGAGGAUUCACACCGGAGAGAAGCCUUACAAGUGCAGCGAGUGUGGAAGAGCCUUCAGCCAGAAUGCAAACCUCACCAAACACCAGCGAACUCACACUGGAGAGAAGCCCUACCAGUGCAGCGAGUGUGGGAAGGCCUUCAGUGACUGUUCGGCCCUUGUUCAGCAUCAGAGGAUUCACACUGGAGAGAAGCCCUAUGAAUGCAGCGACUGCGGUAAGGCCUUCCGCCACAGCGCCAACCUCACGAACCACCAGAGGACCCACACAGGGGAGAAGCCCUACAAGUGCAGUGAGUGUGGGAAGGCCUUCAGUUACUGUGCUGCGUUCAUCCAGCAUCAGAGGAUCCACACGGGAGAGAAGCCGUACAAGUGCAGCGCGUGUGGGAAGGCCUUCAGCCAGAGCGCAAACCUCACCAACCACCAGAGGACUCACACUGGAGAGAAGCCCUACCAGUGCAGCGAGUGUGGGAAGGCCUUCAGCCAAAGUACAAAUCUUAUAAUCCACCAAAAGACUCACACUGGGGAGAAGCCAUAUAAAUGUAACGAAUGUGGGAAAUUCUUCAGUGAGAGCUCAGCCCUUAUCCGACAUCACAUCAUUCACACUGGAGAAAAACCAUAUGAGUGCAAUGAGUGUGGCAAAGCAUUUAACCAGAGCUCAUCCCUCAGCCAGCACCAGAGAAUCCACACUGGUGUGAAGCCCUACCAGUGCAGGGAGUGUGGGAAGGCCUUCAGAUGCAGUUCGGCUUUCAUCCGACACCAGCGACUCCAUGUGGGAGAGUAACUGGGCACAGGGCCAACAUGGACAGGGACCAAACGGGGUUUGGAAACCUCAGAUCUUCAAUGUGUAUCAGAGUCACAUGCUUCUGUACCUUUAACAGUCACUAUUUUAUGUGGAAGGUCUCAGCUUUUCUUUCUCAGCAUCUGCUAUAAGCUUACACAACCCAAGUCCAACUCCUAGUUACCCACGCCCAGUGUGCCGAAGUGCUUUUCAUGUAGCAAGCACCCCAGAACCCUGGGUUUGUAAGGCUGUGAGCAAGCCAAUGAAAACUGGGCUCCUGCCCAGAAGCUAGGUGUCCUGGCACUGGCUCUCCCCCUGAUGACUGCUGUGGUCAAAGAAUGAAUACUGGCCAGGAAGGAGUGUUUCUCUAUUCUGGGGUCAGGACCUGAUUUGGGGAAGUCAGUCCAAGUGAGAAAGGGACCCUAGGGCCAACCACUAAGUCCUAAAAUCUCACUGGGAGUGGGCAAGGGAAAAGCUACACAGCUACUUACAUCUCUCCAUAAGAUGCAUCCUGUUCUAUGGAGACCUCACAGGGAGGGACAACCGAUGACAGUCCUAGGCUUUCCCUGGGCCAGAGGCGGGUGGGUCCACUUCACUUCUUCCCCCUCACUGGGAAACAACCAUCCCCUUUUCUACUCUGCUCCAACCGGGGCCCUACGCGACUGGCACGUUAUGGCAGCACGUGCUUUCCCCAGUCUGGUUAGGUGAGCAGCUGACUUCAGGGACACACUUUGCAUUACUGGCCCUCUGCUGUUCGGGAAGCCUUUGUCCAUUAUCCUCACCCAAGGCCUCAGGCUUUGACGCGUGGGGUGACCUGACAUGUCCUGGAAUAGUUCUCUUCCUUCACUCAUCUUUCAACUGAGCAGUCUGUUCUCCAGCCCUGACUGCACCUGCAUGGUUAACGCCCACCUACUAAUGGGAGAGCAGAGAAACAGCUAAUGGCAAGGAAAUGAAGUGCUUGGGCCAAUCAUUCCCAUCUUCCUUUAGAAUACUGACAAGAAGCCCCUUCUCCUUCCACAUGGUGCUUCAAGCUGCUCAGGUGAGGCUUACCCCAGGGGCCCAUCCCCUGUGUGUCUAAUAAAGGGAAAGGGAGCAAUUAAGCUCUCAAAGUGAUGCAAGAGUAACAUAAAGGAAACUGAGGAAGAGACUUGGGAAAAGGCGAAAACAUACAUUAGAAGACAGUCUGUUACCGGUUUAAAGCAAACAGAUUCAGAGAAUGGUAAGCUAGCCUGCAGCUAACUUUAGAAGUAUACUUGACCCUCACUUCCACAUAAACUCAGGACUGAUCAAGGACUCAUGAUAAAGGUCAGGGUUCUUUGUCGUCUCAUCAAUAAGCCCCAGCUGUGCACCAUAAUCCUUCUGGCCAAGAACUAGUUAUAGAAAGCUCUAUAAACAUCUCUACAAAUAGUACUGAGACUUCCUCUCCAGAUGGCUUUCCUGAGCUAGUCCCAAAGAGGGCAAAGACCUGUUACCUACAAGGCGCUCACUGCC